CAGGAAUAACAAGAAAAUAUGUAAAACUGAAAACUAAGAAGAAACAAAACUUGUAUGGGCCGUGGUCGCCGGUUUUCGUUUUAAAAUGUCUUUAGAGGAGGCGGAACUCGACGAAAGCGGUGGGGAAGAAGACGAGGGCGAGAUAAUUGACUGGCAGUUACCACUAUGUUUCAUGAAGAAGCGACACCGCGAAUGUAUCGAGGGAGCACAACCCCUUGCUCAGACUUGGCGAAUGAAAGAAAGGGUAUGUUCUGGUGUUUUUGCUUUCGGUUUGAUGUGGUUGUUUUACUGUAUAAAAUGACAUGUGAAAAGACUUAUUAUGAGCUAGGUAUAGUGUCGGAAUUAUAGUGGUUUGUAUAAUUGCAUUUGAUUUUUUAUAGUAAAUGAAUGAAUACUACAUUGGGUGGGUGUCAUUUGACGCCGGCAAUCAAAUGCAUAUUCACACAAUUCUCGUUCUGUUUCCUUUCAACUAUGGUGCAGUUACACUAUAUUUGACUGGUCAUUUAGUAUGAGAAUUAACACCAAAUUUAAAUAUGUUGGUCAUGGUGUGUUGGUCAUGGUGCCGAUGGUGGUCUUUCCAUAAUUUGUUUACUUUUGGUUGUUGUGAAUUUGGCAUUUAAAUGCAUGCUUACACAACAACCAUUUGUUGCCUUGAUCAAACUAUGCAAGCAUCAUUAUUUCCUUGUGCUAAUUCACAAUUACAGUAGGAAAAAAUUGACCUGCUACCAUACCCAAAUAACCUCUGAAAACAAUACAUUACUUUGAUGCUUGUGAUGUUACUCUGAGUGUGUAUCCACACCGGGCAAGCUUGAAAAAUAUGCCUGACCAUGGUGGGAAUCGAACCUACGACCUUUGGAAUAUUAGCCCAAUGCUCUGCUAACUGAGCUACACGGUCAGGUCGGUUUGAGUAAUAAAUGUGAUAUUUUGGAACCGAGUGUAGUUCCUUCAAUGUCAAUGUAAUCUAGUAGUCAUGAUAUUUUAUUUUAAGGAAGAAAAAAAAUGAUUACUAGAUUACAUUGAUAUCGAAAGAACUAGACUCGGUUCCAAAAUAUCACAUACUCGAACCGACCUGACUGUGUAGCUCAGUUGGCAGAGCAUUGGGCUAGUAUUCCAAAGGUUAUAGGUUCGAUUCCCACCAUGGCCAGGCAUAUUUUUCAAGCUUGCCCGGUGUGGAUAUACACUCAGAUUAACAUCACAAGCAUCAUAUUCACCUGAGUACAUUACACAAACACAGAAAAAUAUCAUCAAUACAUUACUUUGUUAUCAUGAUUAACUGUAUGUAACCAAUGUAUCCAACAGAUUGUGUGUAUCCAACAGACUGUGAUAGCGUAGAUUGUGACAGUAACACCAGAAAUCUGGAGAUUGAGAGGAAUUCAACUAUCUGAAAGAAUACAAGUAAAACUUUUAUCUUUCGAGUGAAGAGCCUUCUCUCAAAACAUCAUAGUUUUACUUGUAUUUUUUCAGGUAGUUUAAUUCUUCUAAAUCUGUAGCUUUCUGGUGUUAGCUGUACAUAAAGUACAUAAUAUCACAUCAUUAGAAAGUGUAAUCAUUGAUCGGCCAAGGAAUGAAAGCAUUGAAAAAGGUGUUUUUGAAAGUGCACUUUGUUGUUGUUUUUGCAUGAUUGCUUAAUCCCUUAAGUUUCCUCUUUGUUGCGUGUUCAGGCAUGUAUAGGUGGUUUUCCCAGAAACAUCUCAUAUAAAUGUCAGAUAUAACAAAUUUUACUUGGAAUUAUGAGAUUAUGAAAAUAUUUGAGUAAAGUACAUUUGUAUAAAUGUCAGAAUUUAAAAGUUUUAGAUAGUAGGUCGAAGUUAGUAGGCCGAGUCCCAAUACAUUAGCUAGCACUGUGCGGUUUUCGCCAUCUUUGGCACAGCCAGUUAUUUUUCUAAAAUACAACCAAGAACCCAAGAAAUUUCUUUCUUGCCACAGAAAUGUCAAGGACUCGAAGGGAAAGGAUUUUUUUUUUUAUAACAACAUAAAUUUUAAAAAAUAUUGUUCAUUAAAUAUUUGAAUAAUAUAACAAAAAUCCUGGGAAUGCCAUUUCAGAAGGUCUAAAUUUCAAAAUCUUCAUGGAGAAAUCAUAUACUGUGACAAGUAAAUUUUUGUCUAGGGGAAGAAAUUUUUAUGACAAACUUAUAUAAUGUACUUAUGUAAUGACAAACUUAUGUAUAAAUAUGUACUUAUUAGAUCACAGGUGUAUUUUGCUGGUUUACAGAGUACAAUGUAUAUAGUGCAUUAUAAAUAUGAACCAUUUAAAAAUAGUUUUAAAUUGUAUUUAAAAAUAGUGUUAUUAUAUACAUAAUGCAUUAAAUUAUUUGUUGUAAAAUUAAUUAAUAAAUUAUUAGAAUUUUUUUAGAUCUUUUUUAGAGACAUUUAGUGUAUAGUAUUUUAAUAUUUUCUUAACUUUUAAAUAUAAGCAUAAUUCAGGGUCAGCCUAUUGCUUGCAAUAUUUAUAUGAAUCUAUUUAUCUAUCUAGUAUCCAUCUGUCAGUCAGUAAUCAGCCACUCAAAUCCUUUUUCUUUUACUUUAGGCUGAUUAAGUGAUAUGUUUAUUUCCAACAUAUUAUAUUUUUUACACUGGCCAACACUGAAUUACCCCAUGGUUAAAUAUAAUUUUGACAUGUGAUAUAUAUAUAUAUAUAUAUAUAUAUAUAUAUAUAUAUAUAUAUAUAUAUAUAUAUAUAUAUAUAUAUAUAUAUAUAUAUAUAUAUAUAUAUAUACAGGGUGUAUAAAAAAAAACUGAAUAGGUUUCGCAAAACACCUAUUUGUAUCCGGUUUUUUUAUAUAUAUAGCUUCUUUGGGUACUUAUAAUGUAGAAUAAUGAAAAAAAUUUCUCGAACUCAAAUUUUGUGAACCAGGGGGGUGUGUCUUUUCCAACAAACUAAAAAUGGCUCGCGCACAAAUCAUAUUUUGAGUUAAUAGAUGGAAACUUUGUCAGGUUUUUAAUUACUGUACAAAAUUUCAGACAAUUUGGUUUAGUUUAAGCCAUUUAACUAUUCAUUUUGUUCUAAAAAAUCAGUUCGCAUGCUUAAUUAAUGCUUUUACCUAAUUUGCAUAUUGCUGACAUAUGCAAAUUAGGCAAAUGCAUUAAUUAAGCAUGCAAAUAGCUGAUUUUUAGGAAAAAUGUAACUUUGCGUGAAUAGUUAAGGGGCUUAAACUAAACCAAAUUAUCUGAAAUUUUGUACAGUAAUUAAAAACCCGACAAAUUUUCCAUCUAUUAACUCAAAAUAUGAUUGCAGCUUUUAAAUUUUGUGCGCGAGCCAUUUUUAGUUUGUUGGAAAAGACACACCCCCCUGGUUCACACAAUUUGAGUUCGAGAAAUUUUUUUCAUUAUUCUACAUUAUAAAUACCCAACGAAGCUAUAUAUAUAUUAAAACCGGAUACAAAUAGGUGUUUUGCGAAAUUGAGAGCAAUUUCAAAUCUGUUCAGUUUUUUUUUAUACACCCUGUAUAUAUAUAUAUAUAUAUAUAUAUAUAUAUAUAUAUAUAUAUAUAUAUAUAUAUAUAUAGGGUAUAUAUAUAUAUAUAUAUAUAUAUAUAUAUAUAUAUAUAUAUAUAUAUAUAUAUAUAUAUAUAUAUAUAUAUAUAUAUAUAUAUAUAUAUAUAUAUAUAUAUAUAUAUAUAUAUAUAUAUAUAUAUAUAUAUAUAUAUAUAAUAUAAUAUUCAAUAUUGAAUUUGUGCGUAGUGAACUAGAGUGCUCAACACCAAUAAAUCAGUAGAGCAAAUAAAAAGACAUAAACAACAAAUUUCAAUCUUAAAAUUUUAUUUUAUCGCUACACAGUGUUUCACGUACAGCGUACGAUCAUCAGGCGAUUGAUGUUAAUUAUCUCGCAAUAAAUUACAACCUGUAAUUUAUUGCGAGAUAAUUAACAUCAAUCGCCUGAUGAUCGUACGCUGUACGUGAAACACUGUGUAGCGAUGAAAUAAAAUUUUAAGAUUGAAAUUUGUUGUUUAUGUCUUUUUAUAUAUAUAUAUAUAUAUAUAUAUAAUUUUAUUUACUAGAUGAAAACUGUCAGUGUUGCCCUGGCUUUGUGUUUGAAUAUUGGCAUUGAUCCUCCAGAUGUUGUCAAAACAUCCCCAUGUGCUCGUAAGGAGUGUUGGAUGGGUAUGUUUUAAAUAUCAAGUACAGAUAUCCUUGUAUUAUGUGCAGCUAACUAAACUCCGCACAGACAUCAAUGUUUUGCAACAGUUGUAUGACAGUUAUGUUUCACAGCUAUGUUUAUUCUGUCACAAUAAUAACAUCAUUAUUUAUGUUAAAGAUGAGUUCAAGUCUGUUCUGUCGUUUGCUGUAUGUGAGGGCCCUCUGAUAUAGGCAAUACUUGGAUUAGAUUGUACCCUAUUAAAUCGCAUGCAUGUGAAUAUUGUAAUUUAAUACUUUUACUAAUGUAAUUUCUACUUAUCUAUUUUACCAAACUUAUAAAAUGCCGUUGAGUCUCGGGAAAUGGUGCUAUAUAAAAUAUAUUAAAUUAUUAUUAAAAUUAAUUUUGUUCAGCAGAUGUGCAGUUUGUUUACAUUUUGAAGACUAGGGGUGCACCGGAUUUCAAUUCCGGCCGGAUUUAACGAAUUUUCCGGCAUCCGGCUGGAUUUGGAGAAAAUCCGGCCGGAUUUAAAUUUCUGUUUUCACCAAGAAUGGGAUAAACCAUCAAUUUGGCAGCUUUAAAGUUUAAAAAACACUUAUAUUAUUAUAAAAUAUUAAGUUAUUAACAAAAAGAUGUUUAAAAAAGUUUAAACACAAUCAAAAAUCUAAACUGACACUAACUAAUAAUAGUAAAAAACAUAAACCGUCAUUUUGAAUACUGAUUUAUUCCCAAUUGUCCCCAUUACCGGUUUAUCUCAAAUCCAGCCAGAAUUUUUGUCCAAAUCCGGUAAAUCCGGUUCCGGCCGGAUUUGAAAAUUCCAAAUCCGGUGCACCCCUAUUGAAGACGCUAUAUUUAUAAAAUAUAAGUGCAUUUAGUUACAGAAUAUCUAACAUUGUUCUGGUUUGCUAAUAUUGCUUUAAAUCAAUGUAGAUUAGACUUUCAAUUUAGAAUAUGUUGAAACAAACACAAAAUGUGGGUAUUGUUUACAUCAGACAGCCCUCACAUAGCAAAUGCACAGAACAGACUUGACCUCAUCUUUUAAAAAGGAGAGUGAAUGGUCAUGUUCACCUUUUCCCAUUAGCAGGUUAAUUAGGUUUAAUCAUGGUUUAAUUAACUCUUUUUUAAGAUCCAAGCAUCUUGACACCACAAAAAGCCCUAGAUGAAAUUGGUGGUCGUUUGCAAAAACAAUAUGAAAGAUGGCAACCACGGGUAUGUAGAAUACUGUAUUUAAUAUGUACAGAUAGGGAUUGACCGAUUGUGCAACAAUUGGAAAUUACCAAUUAUUCAAGCCACAAUAUACCCAAUACUGAUGCUGAUAUCAAUUUUAUAAUGAUGACAUCAUAAUAUCAAUCCACCAAGUAAAGGUGACGUCAUUCAUGUCGAUUUUUAAACGAUAAUUUCCAACUUAAAAAGGUAACUGCAACCAAAGAUCAUUAAAACUGUUAAUAAAUUACAUGCUUCAUGCAUUAAUUUAACAUAUUGCGUUAAAAUGCAACAUGGAAUGCUUAUAAUUUUUAAAGUGCAUAUUUUCUCAACAAUCAGUUUUAGACAAUCGGAAAUAUAGAUAAUUCUAACGAUUCCAAUUGUCUACCGAUAAGGUAAAAAUUGGCCCGAUACUGAUUAUCAGUCAAUCGCUAGACACAGAUAUUUUUUCAUUAACCCAUUGUGCUGUAAUGCACUCAAAUGCACCCGACUUUAUUAUUUUACCAAGGCACAUUGUGCCCUGAUCAUACCCUGAUGUACCCUGCCCUACUUUGUUAUUUUACUCAGAUGUUUUACUUGUCAUGGUAAAGUGUUGGGCAUUGAUAAGUUAAUUAAGUAAUUGACUUCUGUGUGUGAAUUUUUAGGCAAGGUACAAGUUGAGUUUAGAUCCAACAGUGGAUGAAAUCAAAAAAUUGUGCACAAGUCUGAGAAGAAAUGCAAAGGUAUUGUUCUCUUGACUUAUCCACUACAUGUAUUCAAAACUGUCUCUGCUUUCAAAUAAGCCUUGAUCUGCCUUUUCUUGGUAUUUUAAUAGCUGUGAGCAUUAAAGUUUAAUAUAAUAUUUAUUCUCUGUUUAUUAAUAAUAUUGUAUUCUUUUUCAUUUUUGAUUCACCAGGAGGAGAGAGUUCUCUUUCAUUACAAUGGCCAUGGGGUGCCACGUCCUACAGCAAAUGGGGAAAUAUGGGUUUUUAAUAAGGUAUGUGGAGCCUGACUCGUCCCCAGUCGCUUACUUAACAUGUGUUGAAUUACCCAACACGCGCUGAAUGAUGCCUAAAAGCCGCCUCGUGGCAUUCCCAUGGUCCUUUGCGUUAUAAGCAGUGUUAGGGACUGUGGAAGAGUCAGAUGUGGAGCAUGGACAGUGCACAAAAUUUUGUGUUGGGAAGAAAUUUGUUUUUCCUGCUGUUAGAAUAUGAUGCCAUUACUCCAGGGACAAACAACAAAUCGUCAUGCAAAAAAGCAGUUUUGUAGGCUGAAAAAUUAGCUGCCCUAUUUCAUGAAAAAUUUGUAGGCCAAUUUUUCAGUCACUUUUAUACACCAGAACCCUUGCCAUAUAAAUUCUUGGCAGCAAAAGAAAAACAAAAAAUACUUUCUUCUCAAAACAAAACUGAAAUUGAAUAUUAGGGGGGAUGUGUAGGUCAAAGCUAGCAUGGUGUACAAUUUUUGAAAUUCAUUGCAUAGGCCCAAAAAAAUUGUUAACCCUGCCAUUACCAUGUUAAUAGUUAUGAAGUAUAAGUCUAUUAUUUUUAUUCCUAGAGUUAUACUCAGUAUAUUCCUUUGUCUGUGUAUGAUUUACAAACCUGGAUGGGAAAUCCGUCAAUAUUUGUAUAUGACUGUUCCAGUGCAGGUAUUUAAUCUUAUUCCCACCCAUUUAUGUUGAAGGUUUUCUGACUCCCACCUUCGGAGAGUCUACAGGGUUGAUUUCUAAUACCAUGCAUCUACAAUAUUUUUCCAGGUACAAUUUUAGAGAAUUUCAACCAGUUUUCAAAGCAACGUGAGAAAGAGUUUGAGGUGUGUGCAUUGCAUUGUAUUGAAUAGCAUGUCUGCUUCUCUAUGUAUCAAAAAUUAUUGUAGGGUGUAAGGUGUAAAAUGCAACUAUAGUCCCUCUGGCAGGAAUCGAAAUUAGCCAUUACCCAGGAGGGGUGCAGGUUUUCUAUGGGGUGGUGCAUGAGGGAGCCUUACUGGCCACUCUGCUCUGCAGACUACAUGUGAGCUAGUUGAUUUAACCAUUUCAAGAAAUUGAAACUUGCAAACAGUAGAAGUUCCUUUAACCCAUUAAGCUGCAGAGCUUUCCCAUCGACAAGUAAAAUUGUCUGGCAUUAGACAAGUAAAAAAAUAAGUAGGAUUGCGGCUAAAUGGUUAGUCGCUAUUUGAAAAGCAGAAAAUGUAUUGUCAAGAAGAUUUUUUAGGGUGGUGCUGGACUUCUCUAGGGAGUGCUAGACACCACUAGGUGGGGUGCAAACCCCCUUGCACCCCCACGGUAGAUUGCCCCAGCAUAUUAGUAUAUAUACACAAACUUGUGGUUAGAGCUUGACAACUGGACUCUGUGGCACAGUCAGCAUAUGGUUACAUUUUUCGCAACUGUUCCUGGUUAGGUGUAAAAUAGAAAUUACUCUGUUGUAAGUUCUAAUAAUUUUAAUGUAAAUUUAUCUAGAGAUGCAAUGCUCAAGUGACAAGUGCACCAAUGCCAUCAUUCAAAGAUUGUAUCCAGAUAGCAGCAUGUCAACCACAUGAACUCCUGCCAAUGCAGCCUGAUUUGCCUGCGGAUAUCUUCACCGCAUGUCUGACCACACCGAUCAAGACAGCACUGAACUGGUAAGCUAUGUGGUUAUUUCAUUUGGAAAUUGCUGCUUUUCAGAAAGCAUCACAGAGCUGCAGACAAUGGUGGAUUUAUGGGGGGGGGGGUGCACAGUGGUGUGCACCCAUGUUGGCCUUCGACUUCGACAACAGGGGUGCAAGGGGGGGUGUGCAAAAAAUUAAACAAAAUCUUACUUUUACUGUCGAUGCAAUAGAAGUGUUGAUAAAAUAUUGCACCAAUUCCUUUCCUCAAGUUGAUCAAUUCAUUUGAUAGAAAAUUGAUCAACUUCCUGUUACUUCUAGAUGAGCCAAUUAUAUUUCGUUUCAGAACCGAUUGACCAAUAGGAAACGCACAAGAAGUAAAAAGAAAUUUGAAUUUGUAUGAAUUGAUCAACUUGAGGAAAUGAAUUGAAGCAAUAUUUUAUCAACACUUCCAUUGCAUCGACAGUAAAUGGUUGAGGUGUUCAAAGUUUGUUAUCAGAUUAACUUAUGUUUUGGAAUUCAAGGCAGCACCGCAGCACUGGUUCAAAAUACUAAUAAUAAUACUAAUAAUAUUAAUAAUUAAUUUAGUUUGAUAUUUUGAGUGAAUAAAGCAAAUUGCUUUGUUGCUGCAAACGCCUAACAUUAUAAGCAUUUGAUAAUGAAAAUAAAAAUUACAAAAUCAAAUGUGAAAAUUUUCCAUUAUGUCUUUCGCACAAGCAAUUCUAUUUAUUCAACAUAUCUGUAAGUUGUAACGGAGAAACUACUAGGUGCACUUUCAUGACAGUACGCUGCUAGCCAGUGAUGGGUUCAUUAUGCUUGGCUGCUUGCCCAGCACCCCCCCCCCCCCUAAAAAUCCUUGGUAGAUCCACCACUGGCUGCAGAUGGUCGGUCAUCUUGAGAAAUGUAAGACCUUUCUGGAGCAGGGUGUUAGCCAGCAUUUCAAAAGUGGCCGCCCAAAAUAUUUUUGUGGGCGUCGUGACCACAAUUUUUUGUGGGCGUGGUCACAUGUUUUUGGGUGUGGCUGCAAUUUUUUGUUGUUGUGGAAUUGUGGUGUUCUAUUCGUUGAACCUUCUUACUUUUAGUUUUAGAUGCACAUUUCCGUCAUUAAAUUAGUAAAAGCACACGUAUGGUAUGAACCGUAGUGUAGUUUAGUUAUUUUUUAUCAAUCGCCGAUAUUUUCCUCUUUUUUUAUGCGUUUGGCUCAUUUUAUAGCCAACUUUACCUGGUAACUGUAAUUCUAAAGCACGGAAAAAAGUAUCAAAACAUAUACCAUAAGUAAAGUAAACAGCAGAUAACAACCAUUCAAAGUAUUCAAGAAUAUUACAAAGCUUGUAAAUUGCUAUUUAAAGAAAAUAUUCCCUUAGGCCGUCCAUAGUCGUCCAUUAAAAUUUAGCCGUCCGAAUUCAGAAGUGGCCGUCCGUAGGACGGUCGGACGGCCGUCUGGCUAACACCCUGUUCUGGAGUAAGCUAUAGUUAAACUGAAUCUUUCGCAUUUAUUUAUCUUCUCGUUAUCUUCUCAUUCUGAGAACUUCCAAGAACUUCCAGAGCACCCUUGACUCCAUAAUGGUACUUAGAUUGUGAAAAUAAAACCUUUCCUCAAUGAACAGUUAUUGCUGUCCAAUUUUCUCUGCAUGUACUUUCUUUCUAUUGGAAUUAGAAUUGUCCUGAAUCAUAUAUUAUAUGUUAUUCAAGGUUCUGUCAGCAAAACAGUGGAAAAUUAGUAGAAGGAAUCAACAUUGAUUUGAUUGAAAAGUAAGCUCUUACAGUAAUCCACUAUAUAUAGCAGGGUUCAAAUUAGUAGAGAAAAAAUUAUGUGCAACUUUCUAAAAAAAAAUGUGACUCUAAUUUUUUAUAAUUUCAAUCAAACUGCAGUAGUUUAAUUAUUUGAAUACUUUUUAAACAUUGUUUGCAAUCUUUGAUAUAUAAACCUAACACAUUAUACAAUAAUCCGUCACGUGUUUGUCUGUCAUGGUGGCUAAAAUUUGACAUCUUCCGGUCUGCAAACAUGCUGCUAGUGUGCAUGCAAAAGCACUUGUUUAUAAAUUAUAAGACAACAGAUAGGUUUUGUUUAAAUCUAAGUAAUCUAUGUAAUUAUAAAUACGGAUGAUUCAUUAAUAGACGGAGUCUGAUUUUUUGGACUUUGUAUGGAAAAGUGAUGUGCAAUUUUCACUAUUUGGUCCAGAACGAUAUGCAAGUUGCACAUUGCACACUGUUAACUUGAACCAUAUACUAUUUAAAGGACAUUGGCAAUAAAAAAAUAGUUUAGUUCAUUUGAAAGAACUCUUAAAACUAUAUAUUAAACUCUAUUACAGAUUGUUUAUAUCUUGCUUAGUUUUCAAAAUAUUUGGACUGAAAAAAGUGAGCUGUUCGCCAUCUUGGAUUAUUGAGGAUAUGCAUGUUACGUCAAGAGAGGGGUCACGCUAAUUUUUUUAUCUUGAGAGUAAGCGAUCAAUAUGGGUCCAAAAUUUCGUUUCUGGUUGCUGUCUGAAAUUUAGAAAUGAUUAAAAACAUUUCAAACAAUUUUGCAUUGUUACUCGGUCAUUUUAGAGUAGUUUUAUAUGGUUAAGCCAACUCCUGACGUCAUCAAAACCGCAGUUAAUGAGUUAAAUAAUUUUUCCAAGAUGGCGGAAGCUCAUUGAUUUCGAUCUAAAUAUUUCGGGAACUAAGCAAGAUAUGACAAAUCGGUAAUAGAGUUUAAUAUAUAAUUUUAAGAGUUCUUUUGGAUGAGACAAACUAAUUUUUUAUUGCCAAUGUCCUUUAGCAAAUAAAUAAAUUUUGCGGUUGUCUGUUCAUUUAUACUGCAGAUACACAGUGUGACAUCAUAAUGUGGGAAAAACCAAAAUUUAAUCAAUUUGUCCUUGCCCUUCGGCAAUGUUCAUUAGUUCCACAAAUUUGUGUAUAAAUGUACAAUUUUUUAAGAGGAAAUUUUUUUUUUAAUGUCAUGUAUUUACGAUAAAAAGUGUUCAAAACCUAAAAUCCUUUUGGCGUUCUUCUCAAAAUUAUUUUGUUUUAGCUUUAUUUUGUACUUUACACAGUUAGAUACUCUUUUACAUGUACCUGGCGCUUGUGUAACACAAUUGAUGCCAUAUUUAUACAGCAUUAGUAUAAUUUCAGUAUUGAAAAAAUGGCCUUUGUGCAUUCUGAUUGGGUCUCUCAGCAGUAACUCUGAGGCAAUAGUUCCUGCUCAGACCAUAGAUCUCGUAUAUACACUAGAUAGCGCAUCUCUUUUAGUAAAAUUGAAGCCAGGAAUAUUCCAGCGGUUACCCCCAUUUGAAUAGAUGGCGGCCAUGUUGGAGUUUCCCACUCGCUAAUAAACGCUUAAAAAAAAAUAAUAUCUUUCAUCAUUUGAAUAGUUUGAAAAUGUAUUUGGAACAGGUUUAACUUAAUGUUUAAGUUCCCUGUUUAAGAAAUAGAAAACAUACGAGUCUUCUCAUUUCAUGGGAAUAUCCUGAGUCUGCAGUCACGGCUUCAAUUUUUGAAUUGCAGUAUAAUUAGAUGCACUAUCUAGUGUAUAUAAGAUAUCUAUGGCUCAGACAGCUCUUUUGAGCGCGUAUAACGUAACAUACAAAAGAUUCUCCUCUUAAUUUUCUGUUCUCUACUAGAAUUCCUGGCAGACUGAAUGAUCGUCGCACACCGCUGGGAGAGCUGAAUUGGAUAUUCACCGCUGUUACGGACACAAUUGCUUGGAACGUUUUGCCAAGAGGUAAAACUACAUUUUUACUGGCAUGAUUAAAGUUGUAUCUCUCUGAAGAACCUGGAUCGACCCCUGUGUACAGAACUGAGGCCCAAAAAAAAAAAUAUGUGGGUUUCCGGUUUCCCACCCUACCUUUUGGACGCCGAAAUCCCGACCCUAAACUUUUUUGUUGGAUCAUGCUUGUAAGUGUUUCCACUUAGAGGAAAACGUUUGUGGAAAAUGGAAAUUUGAGGCAAUAUUAGGGAAAUUUAUCUUUGGUUGUGGAAGCACUGACUAGAUAAACAUGGUGUCCGGUUGUUAGGAAAUUUAAAUAAAAGUUUAAAAGAAAAGUUGAAACCGACCUACCCUAGGUCAAAAAAAAAAUAUGUGGGUUUCCGGUUUCUUCUCAUAAAAACGUAGGUAGGGAUGAUGAUCAUGGUGUCCAGUCCGGAUUUUCGUAAAGUAUCGGGAGCAAUCGGAAGCGCCCGUAUUUUUCUGCCGACAUUUCACAUUUGCAUUUCGAGGCAAUACUAGUGAUGUUGUUAGUUUGUUACGACGCAGUACUGGUGAGGUUGUUAAACCAGAAAAUUAAAAUAAAGUUUAUCUUCAUGGCUGAAGCCAUAGGUUGAAACCUAUGGUGACGAAACCGAUCAGAAAUUGCGCGUACUCGCCGUGUAAAUAUGGGUUUUGAUUUGCACUUUUGACUGAUUUGCGGGCCAUUUGCCAUCUUGAAUUGUCUUCUUGCUGAGAUUUCAUAUCUCAAUUGCAUUCGAAAUGUUUGGUAUUUUAAAGAAGGGGUAUUGUUUGGAGGAGGUACGUUUAUAAUGCAGCGAAUAAAACCAGCAUUGGAUAAUUAUGGUAAAAGACCAGAAACUGUACAUCGUAACAUCGAACUCGUUUAUUUAAAGGCUUUAAGUAUACCUUUCUUCAGACAUUGACGGCGUCUCAAAUGUCUACAUAUUUGUAAUAAACCUAUAAAGGUUAUUGCGUCUGUCUUAGGAGUUAUAUAGUCGAAUAAUUCAGCAUGAUUUGUCUCACGUUCUCUUAUAAGUUGACUAAUAUUGCAUUAAAAGUGGCAAAAGUUGGUGUGCUAACCAAGAUUUCAGUGUGUUUGUUUGCUAAUAUUGCUAGGCCUAUAUCUCAAACGCUAUUUGCCUAUUAAAAUAUCAUAUGACACGCAAUUUUAAUUCCACGGCAAAACUGCUGUUGCGCAAAUAACAAACGCGAGAUUAAAUAAAUAUGGCAGUAUUACAGUUUAGUAAUAUUGCAUUAAAAGUGGUAAAAGUUUGUGUGCUAACCAAGAUUUCAGUGUAUUUGUUUGCUAAUGUUGCUAUAUCUCAAACGCUAUUUGCCUAUUAAAAAUAUCAUAUGACACGCAAUUUUAAUUCCACGGCAAAAUUUUUCCUCUAAGUGGAAACACUUACAAGCAUGAUCCAAUAAAAAAAUUUAGGGUCAGGAUUUCGACGUCCGAAAGCUAGGUAGGGUCGGGAAAUCGGAAACCCACGUAUAUAUUUUUUGGCCCUACCUAAGUUUUUACAAGAAGAAGUAGGAAACCCACAUAUUUUUUUUGGCCUAAUUAGAAAUAACCUCUCAAUGUUCUCAUGGGUGUCAGAUGUUGGGGUCCGAGGCAAACCCGGAUUUUGGUGGAAAUAAUUUAGGGGAGGUGCAGCGGUCUAGCUCACGACCCCCAUGGAAAGCUAGGGCUUAGAAUGGUCCAAAGUCAACGACGUGAUGUAUGCGUGUAGUGUACAUAAGUAUCAGUGUAUUGAUCAAUUAUGACUGUACAACUCAUCCAAUUUUGCCAUUACAAUUACUACAAAGUUUCUUUCGAAACAUUGCAUUAAAAGGGUAUUUGACACCGAGAUGAAUAGCUAUCACUGUUUCAAUUUUACAGAAAAACUUUCUUACGAAGUGUAUUCGUCAUCGUAUUUUAUAUUCAUGAUUGAAUCGUUGCACCAAAUAUCUCCAUGUUAUGAUUUUCCAGGGGUGGAUUGGGGACUGUUAGGGUACUUACGCCCAUCUCAUCAUCCGCAAGAAACUGACAGACACAAGGCGUUUUAUUUACUUUAUUAUACUACAACGAUCUUAAACACAUUCUGUGCAUACAUUUUAAAUUGAUAGUAUUGUACUAUAAGCGUUUUUACAUUGGAUACAAGACAUUAUUUUUUUUUGCAAGUGCACGUGAUUACAGAUUCUAUACUCCUAUAGUCUAUUUAGCGGAAUUUCGUUAACUGGCGGUUUAUUCUUUGCUGGGAAAUAUUUUUUCUUGAACAACUGAUAAUUUCUUCGUGUGAAGACAAACGCAAUACCAAUGUAGGCACCAGUAAGCAACGUUACAGUAUACAACGCGAUCUUAACGUCGAAAUCAAAAUCCACGAUUCUAGAUAUGAAGAGAGGAAACCAAUAACUUAAGGCUGUAGUGGUUGACAGCUUGAGCAAUAUGACAAAUUUAUGACGCUUAACAAUAUUCGAUUUCUGUGCAAUGUUCCUGCUUGCCUUGAGUUUUUGGCGAAUUCGAUAAGCAGUGAAGAUGAACAUUCCAAUAAUGUACAACAAAAG